AGCGAGGUUACUAUGCAGUCAGUACCAGGCAGUCUUGUGGGGAGAAUGCAGCUAGAGGAGUCCGAGCAUUAUUGCACUUUGAUGAGCGGACUAGCUUUUUAGUAUUGUUUAAGUAUAGUUAGUUAGCUCUAGCUAUUCCUUAAGCUAUGUUUAACACGGAACGUUACAUAGAUUUAUAUGUCGAUAUGGCACGUAGGAAAGAAGUAUUUCAAUCAAAAGUACUCCAGAGGCUUUACCCUGCAGCUCCCAAACUGGAGAAAGAACCCUGCCCACCAAGCGUUGUAGAUGCCUUAUCCAAAAAAAACUAUGUGAAAACACAAGCCUCUCAACAGGACACUGUCAUUGGAGAUGCAGGGACGACACAGAGUGCAACCAAUCAGGGCAGGCGGAUGUACACGGUCCUACCUCCUCCUGCAGACUACAAGACUGAUUCAGAGAAACCUGUCACACUCCCCCAGUUAGAAAGCAUAAAUAGUGCUGAGGACCCAGCUGAGAAGAGCGUCCAUGAUAGCAACGAAGAACUAGACCAAGAUAAAGAGGAAGUAGAACAUAAAAGAAAAAGGAGGAGAAGGAAAAGGAAACUAACCCUCCAUAAAGAUGGAGCAGCUCCAGUGAGUGAGCGCAACACAGUGGAUGAGGGAGGAGAGCGCAUUAACAGGAACAAGAAGAGGAAGCUGAAGAAGAAACGGCACAAAGAGAAGCUGCUCUCCAUGGGUCUGAUGCCCCAGGCCGCUGCCCUGGAGUUCACAUACCGAAAGGAUGGGGGGGGGGAGGAGGAGGAGGAGGAGGAUAAUGAGAGGAGAGCUGCUGAGGUGUCAGACUUCCUCAGGACAACAAUGGAAAACUAUAUGUCAGAUUCCUCGUUGCAUGUAGACAAGCUUCCCCUCCUGUCUGGGACAGUGAAUGACCUUCUGAGCAGCAUAACCCGCGGAUGCCAUCCCACCUCUGUCCUGAAGCAGCUGUACAGUCUCAAGGCCUUUGUUCAGCAGCAGGAGACAGACAAACUGGAAAAGGCACUGGAGGAGCUCCACAACACUUCUCCUAUGUCUGCAGAGGAAACCACUGCGGUCGUUUCACUGUUCCAAUACUGGAUCACAGACAUUCUUCCCAUGCAGGGAGACAAGAAGACAGGGCUUUCUACGACGCACCCAUGAGACAGUGAGUCACACUGAAACAGAGACUCUACUGAAAGAUCAUUUCUGCUGUGCUCCAUCACUUUAGAAUGUUCUAAUUAUAUACCACAUUUCAUGAUGUUAGACUUUACAUGAUGCUGCAUAAAAUAUUUGUAUUAUUAAAUAUGUUUUUUUCUGUUUGA